CGCACAGAUACAACUCAUAAAAGGACGGAUUCAAGGCACCAGAGGAGUUCAGUUCACUCUCUUUCAAAGCUUUGAAGGCAGCCAUGAAAGCUAUGUUGCUGAGAACCGGCUCGGUCGCGGCUCAGUCGCCAGUGGUCCCCACCUCGGCUGUGGCUCUGUCUCGACAGGAAUCUCUGACCGGUGUCUUCUCCGGGGGGAGGACCGCCGCCGGCGGUUCUCCGAGAAUCACCCUGCACCUAGAGGUGAACCGCCGGACCGGAGGAAUCCGGAGGUCUCUGUCGGAUACCGACGUGGUCAAGUCGGUCGGCAGGUUGGCCAGCGCCCGAUCGAUGUCUUUCCCGUCGAUGGUGCCGGAGGAUAUGCGCGUUGACCCGGGGGACGAGUCUACGUGUUUGACUCUGGAGAGGAACUUCGAUGAAAUGUGGACGAAGAGCGGAACUCUGGGGGACGAGUUGGGGUUCUUCGGUGGCGGAUUCGAAAAGGGAAGUAACUCCGGCGGAAAUGACGGCGAUCGCGGCUCCGGCGGUGGAUUUGGCGGGAGGAGGGAUGGAAUGGGCGAGUACUAUCGGGAGAUGCUGAAGUCAAACCCCGGGGAUCCUCUGUUGCUCAGAAACUACGGCAAGUACCUGCACGAGGUGGAGAGAGACUAUGAGAGAGCGGAGGAGUGCUACGGGAGAGCGAUACUCGCGAGCCCGGGAGACGGAGAAGUGCUGUCGCUAUACGGGAAGUUGAUCUGGGAUUCGCAGAGAGAUGAACGGAGAGCUCGAUCGUACUUCGAUCAAGCCGUUCAAGCUUCACCAGAGGACUGUACGGUGCUGGGAUCAUACGCGCACUUCAUGUGGGAAGCGGACGAGGACGAAGAUGAAGAGGAGCAAGAGGUUGGAGGCAACCGAGUCGAGGCUUCUCCGGCGAUGGUUGCUGCGGCUUUUUAAGUCGGGUUCCGAGGACUAGAGCUAUGUAUAGAGCUGUGAGAUUACUGACAUGGACAUGAAUCUGCGGGAGUUGAAUAAAGGAAGUAAGAAAUGCUGGAAGUAAUCAGAUUGUAUUAGACGCAAGGGAUCUGAUCUGUUUUCUUAAUGGCAGUGUGGAAUGAAACAAGGAUGUAGAUGUCGUACUCGAAUAACGGCGAUGAAGAUGAAGUCCGAUAAUGAAUUACGCGCCGAAUCAAUCAAAAUAGUUAAUGUAAGCGGACAACGGGGCAACGUUUUUUUACGACCAACCUAUGUCGGUACUAAUGUUUCAUAGCUACGUGAGAGGAUGAUUCUGUACUAUAGUUGGCAAUGUGACUAUUAACGAUGACAACAUUUAUCGUUUACCUUUGGUUCACAUCUUCCCUUUUAAUGGAUAUAUUGUGAUCUGCUAA